CCCGUUACUUUAGAGUCCCACAGGCUCCAAGGAGAGAAAGACCCGCUGCUGACGGAGAGGAAGGACUUCAGCCCAACAGGACCGGAACCAGCCCCAAAACCCACCGAGAACUGGACCUAACGGAACCCGAACAGAACCGAGAGCCGGUUCCGUUCGGAACUUUGGGCCGGAGCUGCUGUUAUCUUCAGCGGGAACGCAGAGGAAUGGGUCUGCCGAGGAAGAAACCCUCCUGUGGGUGUUCGGAGUGAAACCGACCCGAGGGAGGAAGAGGAGCGGUGAGGAGGAAGAAUCGGUUCCGAACAGGAGGACAAGAUGAAGAUGGGAGGAAGAGGAGGAGCGGCGCUGAUGGAGCUCUGCGGGAUUCUGCUGCUGCUGACCGGAAGCUGUCACUGCGGAGACUCUCAGCAGACCGAGCAUCUGGCCUCGUACCAGCUGACUGCUCCUCGGCCAAUAGGAGACCGGCUGAGGCGGGACGCUGAGGGCAGGCCGCCCAAUCAGGUUUCCUUCAUCAUCCCAGUGGAUGGAAACGAUCUCCUCGUCCAUCUGCAGAGAAACGAGGUCCUGCUGCCUCCAGAUUUCACCGUCUUCACCUACGGCCCAAACGGAUCCCUGAUCACAUCCAGACCACCUGUCCAGAACCACUGCCAGUACCAGGGCUUCAUUCAGGACAUGGAGGGCUCUGCUGUGGCCAUGAGCGUCUGUGGCGGCCUCAGAGGAGUGAUGCAUCUCACCAACGACAGCUACGGCAUCGAGCCGCUAGACUCCGCCCCCGAGCAGCACCUGCUCUACCGCCUGCAAGAUGUGACAUCACAGCCCCGAGGAUGUGGAACACCUCACUACGGGCACGGCGACGCGACGGAGCAUGCUCAGUACGACCCGGAGGAGAUCCAGCACCGCCGGCGCAGCAGGGUAAAGAGAGCUGUUCUCCACAAGACUCACUAUGUGGAGCUGCUGCUGGUGGUUGACAACGACAGGUUUAAACACAUGAAUGGAAACGAGACGGCGGUCAGAGAGCAGAUGGUUCACCUGGCGAACCUCAUAGACGGCAUCUACAUGCAGCUGAACGUCCGGGUGGUUCUGGUCGGUCUGGACAUCUGGACCAAGCAGAACCUGAUCAACACAGAGGGCGGAGCCGGCGAGGUGCUGAGCCGCUUCACCCAGUGGAGGGAGAAGGAGCUGGUUUCCCGGCGGCGCCACGACUCGGCCCAGCUCAUUCUGAUGAAGAGCUUUGGUGUAACAGCAGGAAUGGCAUUUGUCUCCACCGUCUGCUCCAGAAGUCAUGGAGGAGGAAUCAACGCGUUCCUGAACAACAACGUCGCGGCCUUCGCCUCCAUCGUGGCUCAUGAACUCGGACACAACCUAGGGAUGAACCACGACGACGGGCGGACCUGCAGCUGUCCCGCCGCCGCUUGCAUCAUGCACUCCGGAGCCACAGGAUCCAGAAACUUCAGCAGCUGCAGCGCCGACGACUUUGAAAAGAUGAUCCUGUCGAUGGGAGGGACGUGUCUCUUGAAUGUCCCGCGGCCCGACGAGGCCUACAGCCCCCCCUACUGUGGAAACAGGCUGGUGGACGUCGGGGAGGAGUGCGACUGUGGAUCAGAGAAGGAGUGUGAGGAGGACCCCUGCUGUGAGUAUCGGACCUGUAAACUGAAGCCCGGGGCUCAGUGUGCGUCUGGAGAGUGCUGCUCCGGCUGUCAGUUCCUCCCUGGAGGAACGGUGUGCCGCUCCAAGAAGGACGAGGAGUGUGAUCUGCCGGAGUACUGCAACGGCUCCACCUCCUUCUGUCAGAGCGACGUCUUCGUCCAGAACGGGCAUCCCUGUCGCAACCAGCAGGCCUACUGCUACAACGGGAGGUGCCAGCACCUGGACGGACAGUGCCAGGCCCUGUUCGGACCCAAGGCAACGGCCGCUCCCGACAUCUGCUUCAAAGACGUUAACAGCAAAGGAGAUCGCUUCGGCAACUGUGGCUACCAGCACUACGGCUACAAGAAGUGUGAGAGCAGAAACGCUCAGUGCGGGAAGCUGCAGUGCCUGAACGUGAAGGGGGGGACGGUGUUCGGCAUCCUGCCGUCCAUCAUCACCACUCCGAUACACGGCGCCACCUGCUUCGGGGUCGACUUCAUGCUGGGAUCCGACGUUCCCGACCCGGGAAUGGUGAACGAAGGGACCAAGUGUGGAGACAACAAGGUGUGUAUGAACUUUGAGUGUCGCAGCGCGGACGUCCUGAGCUAUGACUGUGAUGUGGAGACAAAGUGCCACGGACACGGGGUGUGUAACAGCAACAGGAACUGCCACUGCGACUACGGCUGGACUUCACCAUCCUGCAAGCUGUCGGGCUAUGGCGGCAGCGUGGACAGCGGACCCACAUGGAACGAUAAGGACACGUCUCUCAGGGAUGGCCUCCUCGUCUUCUUCCUCCUCGUCCUUCCUCUGCUGGCUCUGGGAGCGUUUGUCUUCCUGCGCCGCAACGAGCUGCUGCGGCGCUUCGGACUGAGCCGCAGGAAGAGGUCGCAGGGAUACCAGGCAGACGAAGCGACUUUGACCAAACCGACCAAUCCUGGCAGAGCUCCGCCUCCCAGAACGCAGCCGCCCCCUGCUGGCCACGGCACGGCGAACUUCAUCGUCAGGGACGGGCAUCACGCUCAGCUGCUGCCGCCGCCGCAGCAGGUGGUGGAGACCAGUGAGACCAGUGAGAGAGCCCCGCCCUUCGCUGCAAGGCCACCGCCGCCUCCUCUAAAACCGAAACCUUCUGCUGCAUCUCAGCCUCUGGUGCCUCAAAGACCCGCCCCCGCUCCACCUGUUUAGCCAAUCAGGAGCUUCCUCUCGACUCCGCCCUCCUCUUCUUCCUCCCGACCUUCAGUCUGCUCUCUCUGGUUCCUUAGCAACACCCAGGGAGGGAUCAAUGAGGCCGACCUUGAGGUGCAGCCGGACAUGGACUAGGUCGACAAGUCGGACUUGGACUGGGCCGACGGGUCGCAGCAGGACUGAACUGAAGCAGCUCUUUCUUUUGUUCACCUUAACUUGGUCAGGUGACCUCUGCUGUAGCCAAACCAGCCAAUCAGAUUGCAGAGCAUAAAAUAGCAGCUAAACAAACACAGAUCAUGUUCAUAAAGCUGUUACUGGAGCAGAAACAACGCUGAGUUCACUCACUGCCACACGGAGCACUACAUGCAGAUUCUACUGGGGCUUUUACCUGGGUUCCCAGUGUUUCCAGUUACAUGAUGAUAAACCUUAGCAGGAAACACUGGCCCAGCUCUGCUGCAAUUUUAUGAUGCAAUAAAAUUAUAUCAUAUUCCUAAGUUUUACAAAGCAAAUAAUCCAUACCCAUAAAAUGCUAAUGUGUCAUUCCCAUCAGCUGCUGAGCUGUUAGCCUGUAAGCUAACAAUUCAUAAACUGAUUGCUAAUAUAGCAACUUAUAGCCUUGAUAUUUAUAUAGUUAAAUAUGGACAGAAAAUAUGUUUUUAACUUACUAAUCAUUCUCUGAAAUUAUUAAAAUAUCCUGGGUGUUAGCAGGUGAUGCUAACAUUAGCAUGCUACAUUAACAUUCUCCAGACUGAGCAGCGGUGUUUUUAAUCAAACCAUUCAAAACAUUUUAUAUAAUGUUAUUACUAAUAAGUAUUAUUAAAAACAUACUAACUCAGAAAUACUUACAAUCCUGUCAGAAAACCACCGAAUCUGUCUAGUUAGUGUUAGCAUGCUAAGAUUAGCAUCUUCUGUUACAGCAGCAGUAAAUUAGACAAGAUGAAAAAGUUUCAGUGCUUCCAUUAGCGUAUGUUUUUAACAAUAA